AUGUCUAUCAUCAAGUCCCUGAAAGCAAAGCUGUGCCGCAGCCGCAAGUCUCCAUCAUCCGCCAUGACGACCAAGAUCAAAAUCAUCCCGAACCCGCAGUACCAGAAAUCAGGCACGAAGUCGUACGUGCACCUGAUGCGCAAGUAUGGCUUCAACGCGACCAAGGAAGGGCCCUAUGCCAUGGGCAGCACGCUGCACCAGGUCGGAAGGCAGUAUACUGACAAGCCCAUUGGCGGCCGCGCGCAUAUUCGCCAGGUGCUGCAGAAGACCGGCGCGGACGGCCAGGUCGGCGAGGUCGGCGCGUCGGAUGUCCAGAAUGACUCCAUGUACCUGGCACAGGUGGGCAUUGGGACGCCCGCGCAGACGCUGAAAUUGGAUUUUGAUACCGGGUCUGCGGAUCUGUGGGUCUGGUCGACUAAAUUGCCAUCGGCGACCUUGUCCCAGCACAAGAAUCACACUGUCUUUGACCCGACCAAGUCGAGUACCUUCCAAAACAAAGAGGGCUCAACCUGGAAGAUCUCCUACGGCGAUGGAUCCUCCGCCUCAGGCACCGUCGGCAACGACAAUGUCAACCUCGGCGGUCUCGUCGUCAAAGGCCAAGCCGUCGAGCUUGCAGACACCAUGUCCACGCAGUUUGCCAGUGGGGCCGGCGAUGGGUUGCUGGGUCUUGCAUUCGGCAGCAUCAACACGGUGAAGCCUACGGCCGUACAGACACCCGUCGAGAACAUGAUCUCGCAGGACGACAUCCCCAAGACGGCGGAGCUAUUCACCGCAAAGCUAGGUUCCUGGCGUGACAAGAACGAACCGGACCAAGGUGCGUCGUUCUACACCUUCGGGUUCAUCGACCAGGACACCAUCAAGGCCUCCGGCGAGGAUGUGUACUACGCGCCCGUGGACAAGAGCCAGGGAUUCUGGAUGUUCGAGUCCGCCUCGGCGACUGUGAACGGGAAGACAAUUGCCCGUGCUGGGAACAGCGCUAUCGCUGACACAGGUACCACGUUGGCCCUGGUUGAUGAUAAUACCUGCCAGGCUAUCUACGAUGCUAUUCCGGGUGCGUACUAUGAUUCCACUACGCAGGGAUACAUCUAUCCCUCCGACACGACAGUGGAUAAGUUGCCCGUUGUUUCUUUUGCGGUGGGCGGUAAGCAGUUUGCUGUACAGAAGGAGGAUCUAGGAUUCGCCGAGGCCAAGGCUGGGUAUGUCUAUGGUGGGAUCCAGAGCCGUGGUACCAUGACAUUUGAUAUCCUUGGCGAUACGUUCCUGAAGGGGAUCUACGCUGUAAGUUUUAUGUCUUUCGAGGGAGUGUGA